GCGAAUUCCAUUUUUGCUUAGUAAGCAGAAUUUUAUGUUUGAAAGGGUUCGUAAAUUUCCUUCCUGGCGAAUAGGGUUGUUACGUAGCAACUUGCAAGAGCUCGUUCAUUCUUUGGGUGAAAUUUUGGCACCGGCAGCGAUUCUUCGUCGUCCACCGACCACAAUCCGCCGCGACUCCAUUUGCUGAGCUUCGAUUUUCAAGAACGUUCUGAUGCUCGGCCACCACUGCGUCGAGUAACCACCGCAGCACCACUCUCACUCACACAUCGUUGCCACUGCGAUGGCGAUUCCUUUCGGGAAGAUCACCAUUCUCGUUGGAGCUGGUAUUGUUGGCUCUGUUCUGGCAAAAGAAGGACGCUUGCCAUAUGUAUCCGAUUUUGUAUCAGGUGCUUUUAAGAUUGCUCUAAAGCGUAUCAGUCGAGAUGAUUCCAGCAGUCCAAAAAGCAAGCCACGAAAUGAAUCUUUAAUGGCCCAGGUAAAAAGCUUACAGCAAGAACUGCAAAUGUUAGCAUCAAAUCGUCAGAUGACAAUUGUGACUACGGGCGGGACAGGGGGUAGGAAAUUUGGCGUAAUCAUUCUUGUAGUUGUAGUAGGAUAUGGGUUUGUUUGGAUGAAGGGAUGGAAACUUCCUGAUAUGAUGUUUGCUACAAAGCGUAGUCUAUCUGAUGCUUGCAGUUCUGUUGCUAGACAGCUUGAAAAUGUUUACUCAUCCAUCACGGCUACAAAACGGAAUUUAUCUUCAAAAAUGGACAACAUCGACAAAAGUUUGGAUGAAUCUUUGGAUCUCACUGCCGAUACACAAGAACAGGUUUCGGAACUACGAGGUAAAUCGGAUACUUUUGGCAGGGAUAUUAAAUCCGUUCAUCAUGCAGUCCAGACUUUGGAAAAUAAAUUAUGGAGUUUUGAAGAAAAGCAGGAACAAACGACUGAAGGUGUUAGGAGAUUGUGUAAUUAUGCUUGGAACAUGGAGAAUCAAAGGGCCGUGGAACGUACUCAGGCAAUUCCUUCUAGUUCCAGUAGGCAAGCUCUUGAACUCCCUCCAACAACACCUUCACCAAAGGUAACAUAUGUCGUUGCCGAUUGGUUUUUCACCAGAGGCGCUGUCUCCCUCCGAGUUUAAUUCUUCUUCUAACCAGGUUCAAGUUCAUCGACGACCCCUCCAAAAUACCGUCUCUGACCCCGGCUUGAUGUUAGAAGGAACCAGAGAUUCAAACGAGCGGUCGAGCAGCAGACUCGAUACAACGUCCAAUGGAAGCAGUAUACCCAAUGGGAUCAGUACAUCGGAUUCCACCAGAAGCGAGGCUGGGAAUUCCGGGCUAUCGGGACUUGGAUUUCUUACGAGAACGAGGAGUGCAGUGAGUGCAGUAUUCCGGCAGUCUCGCCCAAGUGUUCAAUCUUGAAGGGAGUCUUCUUUUUGUAGAACAAUCUGUCAAUCGGCGGCUGCCAGUAAGUAGUACCCUUGAGGACACUUGAUAUACAGCUAAUUCUAGCAGUGCCCAACCCAGAUGAAGAAGAUAUCGCAUAGUUUCUGGUGGGUACAGAAUUUUGUAGUUAUGAUUGUUAUAAAGUUCUUAAUUUUUGUUUUAGGUCUCAAAAUGUGGUUACCCUAUUUUUUUUUGUUGUCAUACGAUAAUAAAUUGUCAUAAAUAGUAACCUUAUUGAUGGAUUCUGAAGCCUUUUUUAUUGUUGUGGCUCUUGGCUUUGGUCC